GAUCUCACUAUGUAGCUUUGGAUAUCUUGGAACUUACUAUGUAGAGCAGCCUGGCCCUGAACCCACAGAUAUCUGCCUAACUUUGCCGUAAGAGUGCUAGGAUUAAAAGUGUAUGCCACCCCUGUGCCACCUCAGGACAGCCAGGACUGUUACACAGAGAAACCCUGUCUCCAGAACAAAAAAGGAUAUGCCACCACAUCUGGCUCACCCUCACUUUCUCGAACUGUCUCUUUCCUGGGAUCCAGGCUUUUCCCAGAAUCUCAGCUUCCUGAGAUAACUGGUCCUGGGCAGCACCUCUGGUGCCGAGCCUGCUUCAUCCACCCGUCCCAAUGCCUGCCUUCUGUUCACUUUCCUACCUGGUACAAGGAGGUCCCACGCGCUCUCUCUGUCUGCACCCUCUGACACACCUUCAUCCCUCCUCCCAUUUCUUCUGACCUUCCCUUGGCUUCACAGCACCUACUAGAGUCAAGAUCUGCUCCUAUGGCCAGCCCUGGGCAGCCUGGGCCCGGGGAGGGCCAGGAGGAAGAGGAGACAAAGGGAGUCUCAGCCGCGGCGGCAGGGCAUCAUCAUCGAGCAGAGGUGCUGCAGCAGGCCCAGGAGCUCUUUCUACUGUGCGACAAGGAUGCUAAGGGCUUCAUCACUAGGCAGGACUUGCAGGGCCUACAGAGUGAUCUUCCCCUUACGCCUGAGCAGCUGGAGGCUGUAUUUGAAAGUCUGGAUCAGGCCCACACUGGCUUCCUCACAGCCCGGGAGUUCUGCCUAGGCCUGGGGAAGUUUGUGGGGGUGGAGUCGGCCCAAGGUGGGUCCUCCUUGAGGACUCCUGAGGAAACCUUUGAGUCAAGCACAGGGGGCUCCCUGGAGGAGGACGACGAUGUUGAGACAUUCUGCACUUCCUUAGAGAAGCUGGGAGUGGCCCGGGUCCUGGGCGAGCAAUGGGCUGUGAGGACACUCUGGGUCAGGCUACAGCGCGAGCGACCCGAGCUGUUGGGCUCUCUGGAGGAAGUCCUGGUGCGCGCGUCGGCCUGCCUGGAGGCGGCGGCCCGGGAGCGCGAUGGUUUGGAGCAGGCGCUGCGGCGGCGGGAGAGUGAGCACGAGAGGGAGGUGCGCGGACUUUACGAAGAGCUGGAGCAGCAGCUGGGGGAGCAGCGGCACCGCGGGCAGAGCCAGAAACUACCCCGGGAGGAACCGAGGGGCCACCUGGAGCUGGAGCUGCAGACCCGUGAGCAGGAGCUGGAGCGGGCAGGCCUGCGGCAGCGGGAACUGGAACAGCAGCUGCAGGCCCGGACUGAAGAACAGCUAGAGGUACAGGCCCAGCACAGCCAGCUGCGCAGGGCCUAUGAGGCCAUACGGGCACAGCUGGACCAGGCGCAAGAGCAGCUCAGCCGACUGGAGGGCGAAGCACAGGGCCGUCAGGAGCAAACCCAAAGAGAUGUGGUUGCUGUCUCCAGGAACAUGCAGAAAGAGAAACUCAGCCUCCUAAGGCAGCUGGAGCUGCUGAGGGAGCUGAAUCUGCGCCUUCGAGAUGAGAGAGAUGCCUGUGAGACUAAGCUGCUGGGCACUAGCCACAGGAAGGCUCUAGCUAUUGGCCACAAGCCUGGGCCCACCUACUGCUGCUGCUGCUGUGGCUGGGCUCGGCCCCCCAGACGAGGCUCUGGCCAUCUUCCUAGUGCCCGAUGACCAGCCCCAAAUGACUCACCAGGCCUUCCUCAUCUAGAGGAGCUACUCCUAGAAGGGGACUGGUCAUGGGUGGUGGUUGCCUGCUAAGUGUAGGGGCUCGAGGCAGAAAGCAUCAUCACCUGCCUGAAGGAACUAACCUCUGAGUGGUCAAGGUCUUCAGUCUCCGUCCUGUUCUCACCUCUGUUUAGCGGACCAAUAAAGGCCACUGAGGACUGUGCUGCA